AUGAUGUCUCGCAACGCUAUUGUCACUGGUGCUGCUCGAGGUAUUGGACGUGCAAUUGCUCUUCGUCUUGCUAGAGAUGGUCUCAAUGUUGCUCUGAAUGACAUCAAAGCAAGUUCUUCAGGUCUCAACAUGGUUCAACAAGAAAUUGAAAAAAUGGGUCGAAAAUCUGUUGCUAUAACUGCUGAUGUUUCUGUUGAUAAAGACGUCGAAACAAUGAUGCAGAAUGCUGCAAAAGAACUGGGCAGUUUAGACGUAUGCACUUCUUUUUCUCGUUCUUUCAUCUUUUUUUCUAACUAA